AUGGAUGGUCCAGCAUGGAUGGGAGACGAAGAUCUGAGACACUUUUUGGAGGCUUCAAGAGCAUCCAACUAUACUUGCAGCGAGAUUACUUCACUCCUGCCAAAGAAGUUCCCCAACUACAGGGCUUAUUCAGAACGCACUGUAAAAAGAAUGCUGAAUCACUGGAACAUUAAACGACACAAUGAUGUUGAUGAUCAUACUUUGCUGACGGCGGUACAGAAUGUUGUUAACGAAAGUUCGGGCCAAUUAGGAUACCGGGAUGUGACUGAAAAACUAAGGUCUCAAGGCCUCUUCGUAUCGAGAGAUGAUGUUAUGAAUACACUAAGGUUAGUUGAUCCACAAGGUGUUGUUAUGCGCACUCCAAAGUUCAAGAAUAAGAGGCCUAAGAAGACCUUCUUCAGCAAGGGGCCAAACUACUUAUGGAGUCUGGAUGGCCAUGACAAGUUAAGUGGGGAUGCCAACUGCCAAUUCGACCUCAAAAUAUAUGGGGCCCUUGAUACUUACAGUAGGAAAAUCAUCUUCUUGUACAUUGGGCGGUCUAAUAGAGACAGUGAAGUUAUUGGACGUAUUUUGUUUGACCAUCUGCUGGAAUCUAGAGUUUUACCGCAAAUGCUUCGAUUUGACAAAGGAACUGAGACCGUCCAUGCUGCAGCUGUACACAAAACUCUAUUGCAACUGAAAAAUGUUGACAAGGAGAUUACAACGAUACUUGGUCCUUCUACUGCCAACAAAAUAGAACGAUUGUGGAGGCAGGUCCGCGAAAAGGUUUGUGAUGGUUUUCGUCACGUACUUAGAGAGAUUGAUCAAGACGGUCUGUAUGAUUCAAGUUGCGAGUAUGACAGGGAUUUAAUUGCUGGUGUGUUCAUACCUGUUGUCGAACGUUAUCUCGACGAAUUCAGGGAGAACCAUAACAAUACUGCAAUACGAAAUUACUGA